AUGGCGUACUACAACCGCUUGGUGAAGAAUGGCGUACUAGCAACCGCAAGCACGAAAUACCACGAGUGCUCAAUAAGACAGAAGACGGACGUCGUGCAGAGUUUAGUGAAGAAAAGACUUUACUUUUCGUUGCAUGCAGCGCUACGAUCGAAGAAAUUCGAGACAGUGAAAGAUCCUCAACAAGGCAUGACAUUGGCUGCUGCUUUGGACACGACUUUGCCGUCAAAACGAGCUGGAAUCGCGUCAGUACAUCGCAGACCCAAGCCGGCAAUCACAAUCAACACUGGUAUGGUAUCAGUCGGUGCUAAACGGCCACAACCGACGCCAGUGUUUCCUCCAACAUUUUCGUGGAAUGAUAUUCUUUGUGUUCAGCAUUUGAUUGAGAGAUGUCUUCGGCAGUAUUUGAGCAAGAACGACAUCUUGAUAAUAUUGAAGGAACAGGCCAAUGUGGAUCCGGCGUUUGCUGAUGUCGUGUGGCAAAAGCUUGAAGAACAGAACACAAGGUUUUUUCGCGCGUACAGUUUGCAACUUCAGCUUAAGGAGCAGAUUCUCGCUUUCAACUAUUUGGUUGGACAGCAGAAGGAAAUGACAGCAAACAGUCGCAAACGCGUCUUGCAUAACAACUUGAAUCGGUUAUCAGCGAACUGA